AUGUUGUCUAAAGAAUGUGGAGCAGUAUUGUUAUUACUGAUUAUCUUUGCAUUAUUGGAUGUCUCAGGUAAUUCAAUAGUUUUAUUUUAUUUUAUUUUAUUUUAUUUAUCAGUGACUAUUUUGUAUAUUUGGAGGACGAGCAAUAUGAUAUGUUUUAUUUACCUUGGUUAGAAUUUUUUUGGCUCUUUGCUACAUCUGUUGAGUGAUUAUCAACCACAUCCUUAGUUAAUCCCAUUUCCUUAAUUAUGCAUUUAUAAUAUGAAUUAGACUCUUUCUCCCUAUUUGUUGAUCUCUGAUUUACAAAUAUUAACUGAUCAUCAGGCACCUGGUUAGCUGAUCCCAUUAUGCAAUUUAUUUUCUUUUUUAUAAGAUGGAUAUAGAUAUUUAUAGAUUAGCCAUCUACCUUAGUUCCAUCUACACUUUAAAUCGAAUAAAAUUAUCUAAUACACAUUUAUAAAACCCUAAUCACAUUCCAUCAUGGAUAAUAUUUCUUGGCUUUGACAAAUUAAUCACCCCACAAUCUGUUCUAAUAACCAGGGUUUUUCAUCGAUGCGGUUUCUUCAUCAGACCAUUAAUUCUAGAUCUAUUUUCCCAUGUUUUAGGAUCAUUUGUGGGGGUUAACAUCAACACCGAUUCCCCGGGUGUGCCCUCAGCAUCAGAGCUCGUAUUGAUUCUUCGGUCCCGGGGCAUCCACCAUGUCCGCCUACUCGCCCCCGAUCAUCAGCUGCUCAGUGCUCUGGCAAACACCGGCAUUCAGGUCAUGGUCAGCAUCCCAAACAAUCAUCUGCUGAGGGUCGGGCUCUCUCAGACGGCUGCCGCCACAUGGUUGAACGACAAUGUCGCCGCUUUCCUCCCGGUCACCAACAUCACUUACAUUGCCGUUGGCAGUGAGGUUCUCACAGUGGUUCCUAACGCCGCAUUGAUCUUGCUUCCAGCCAUGAAAUUUCUCCAAGCAGCUCUCAUUGCCGCCGAUCUCAGCCGCCAGGUGAAGAUCUCCACUCCCCAAUCCAUGGCCUUGAUCCCAACCCCGUUCCCUCCAUCAGCCGCUGCCUUCAACUCCACCUGGGUCCCCAUCAUGUCUGGGCUGCUCCAAUUCCUGAAGAACACAAGCUCCUCCUUCAUGCUGAAUGCCAAGCCGUACUAUGGCUACACGCUCGGCAAUGGCAUCUUCCCCUUGGAUUACGCCCUCUUCCGGCAGCAGCCUCAGACGAACCGGAUCAUCGACCCCAACACCAAUUCGGCAUACAGCAGCAUGUUUGAUGCCAUGGUUGAUGCUGCAUAUUACUCCAUGAAGGCUCUCAACUUCAGCGAGAUCCCGGUCAUGGUGACGGAGACGGGUUGGCCCUGGCUUGGCAGGCAGGGCGAGCCGGAUGCAACAGCAGACAAUGCGUUGACCUACAACAGCAACCUCAUCCGCCGCAUUUCUAGCAUGGCGGGCACACCGGCGCAGCCGAACAGAACCACGAAUGCUUAUAUUUAUGAGCUCUUUGAUGGAGAGGAUCUGCAGGAUGGGCAGCCAUCGGGGAGGCACUGGGGCUUGUUCUUCACCAACGGCACUUUGGUGUACUCUCUCGACUUGGGGGGACUGGAGGCGGCAGACACCACAUCAUCGUUGACCAGGGUGUACUGCAUUGCUGAUUCUGGGGCUGACCCACAGGCACUGGAGGUGGGGUUGAAUUGGGCAUGUGGGCCUGGGUCAGCCAAUUGCACUGCCAUCCAGCCUGGGCAGCCGUGCUACACUUCCAGCAUCGCCGCCAUCGCCUCGUAUGCAUAUAAUGACUACUACCGCAAAGCUCAUGUGGCUGGUGGCACCUGCGAUUUUGGUGGCACGGCAAGGACAACGACUGCUGACCCUUGUAAGUCAACCCAUGGCCUCCUCUUUUCAUGUGACUAGUUGUCUCCGAUGGAUGAUGAUGCCACUGGGGCGGGUCUCUUUUCUCUUGGGGAGAUUCAUUUGACUUCUUGCUCUUUCUCUCUUUUCUUGCAGCCUAUGGCUCUUGCAUCUUUGAGGGAAGGUGAGUGCCCUUUCAUCAGACCCAUCCCUGUUUCAAACAGUCUAGCCGUUGCUCAUGCACACCAGAGUCUUGUGAUCCUUCUUCUUGCUGCAGUUUGGGGUCAAGAACCACUAACGGAAGCAGCAGUGGGACCAGUGGCAUCAGCAGCGGCGGCGGAGGCAGCAUUGCCCCUACAGCGUUCGGCCCCGCAGGUCCCAUCAACGGAGUCUUGCGGCUUGGAGCCCCAAGGGCAAAGGCCUUCCUCAUGGUCUUAUUUCUUGUGAUGAUGCUCUGA